GUGGAAUGAAAAAGUAGAGAAAUCGUCUGCUACAAACAGCCACUAGUUUGGUUUAUGUUACAUUUUUUGAGCGUCAUGGUGUCGAGUUUUUAGAUGGAAGCUAAGUGUGACACAAGGGACAGGUCGCCUUCCAGUGAAGGAAGGAAGUCGAGGUCUAAAUCUAAGAGAAAGAAAUACCGACGGCAUUCUUCAACAACAACAUCGUCGUCUUCACCAGGCAGUUGUAGCCGGUCUAGAUCAAAGAAAUCCAGAAAAAAGACCAAACAGAGAAAGAGACAGAAAUCGAAGAAAAGCAGACAUAGGUCAAGUUCUUCGUCCUCAUCAACCUCUUCUUCAUCAGAAAGAGAGAGAAAGUCAAGAAAGAAAAAGAAGAGACACAAAAAGAAAAAGUGUAAAGAUAAGAAGAAGAGUGAAACAGAGGAUAGUGCAUUAGAUGUGUCAAAAUGGAAAGCAAAGCGAACAGUUUCUGAAGUAAAACUAAGGGAGAAAUCAGCUCCUGAAAUAGGACCAGCCCCUCCAAGAAAAUCUCUCAAACCCAUGACAAAGGAAGAGUGGGAGAAAGAACAGAGCGUUGUCCGUCGAGUGUUUGAUCCGGAUACUGGACGAACAAGGUUAAUUAAGGGGGAUGGAGAGAUCAUUGAAGAAAUUGUGAGCAAAGAAAGACAAAUGGAAAUAAAUAAGCAGGCUGCUCUUGGAGACGGCUAUUCAUUCCAAGCUCGGGUUGGCCUCUUAAAGAGAUGACACAAUAUUCCAAAAAGCCAGAAAUUCAAGCUAUCAUGUAAAAUCAAAGACUGCAUUUGCCAGAAGAGGAAAUGUCUUGCCUACCAGCUGUUGUUGAAGAUAAUCAGUUUACCUACACAGAUAUACAUGUAUCUCCAAAACUACAGAAUGUAAGGUAGGGAAACUGCGUACAUGGAUUGGACUGGUGAGCCCUGCAGGAUGUUUAAGAGUUUGGUCAGAGCAAAUGAUCUUUAAACUACUUUUCUCAGUCAAAAGUUAGCUUGUCAAAACGUGGCACUUUCUUCCCACCAUAAUGCUGGCCGCCGUUGUAUAAGUGAAAUAUUCUUGAGUACGGCGUUAAACACCAAUCAAAUAAAUAAAUCAAUUAAAAAGGUUGGCAAAACAUACUGAAGCAUAUCAUUGUAACACAGAUUUUACGGCAAGUUCUCUAGGCUGUAUUAGAUUCUGCUUAUCUAGCUUGUGCAUCAACCUGCUUUCCUAGAGUUGAAUUCGUCAAUUGGCCCUUCAGCUCUUGUUAGCUUGGUGAAGCAUCUCCAACCCAGUUGGUUCAGCUUGUACAAAUCUCGUUAACCGAGUAUAUGUGAACAUACAGGCCCUGUAAUAAAAAUGAAAUUUUAGAAGAGUCAAACUUUUGCUGUAAAUCUUUAAUAAUACUUAGUGUAACUUAGAUAUCUCUUCAUAAUAAAAUUUAGUAUACAAAGGAAAUUGCACAGUGAACUUUGAAUACCAAAGAUUUAUUUAUAUGAUUUGAUGGGUGUAUUGUGCUGUACUCAAAAAUAUUUUACUUAUACAAUGGCGGCCAGCAUUAUGGUGGGAGGAAACCGGGCAAAGCCCAGGGGAAACUCACCGCCAUCUGCAGGCUGCUCGCAGACCUUCCCUUGUGCGCCUGAAUACUAAAGAUGUUGUUUGUGUCAAAGAUGAAAGAGACAAGCUACAGGAUACAAAGUCUGCAGUGAGUUUAUAUCCUAUUCAACUUAAGGUAGAACAAUAUUUCUGGUCUUGAAACAUUUCUCUGAUCUGUUCUUUUUAUUACUUGUAUCAAUGAUUUUGUCAUAGUAGAAAAAACCAUGUAAUGAAGUGUUGGUCAGAGUGAUGUAAUAAAUUGUGGGUCAAAGGUCAGUAUACCUGGAAGUGUAAUAAGUAAAGU